GGGAUCCCCCCCCCUGUGGAUCACACACUUGACCAAUUGCGCCGCGAGUCUGAUGGGUCAUUUGAAUUCAGCGAUCCUCUGUGGGUAGAUGUGGUACAGUACAGUGGGUAGUUGGACUGAAGGAUCUGUGCGUGAGUGUGCGCGCGUGUGUGUGUUUGCGUGAAUGUGCACUCCUAGAAUAGAAAGCCAAAGGAAGAAGAAGAAGAAGGAGAAGAGAGGCGGGAUCGGUGUGUGCCUUGUUGAAAUCCAGGGUGAAGCCAAUAGAUAGCCUGUAACAGAUCGAUCAGCACUUUGCGCUCCCUUUGUGGAUUUGAUGGAUGUUUGAUCAGUGGAUGUGAUGCCCAUAUAUAUCAUCGACCGAAAAUUUCCCGACACAUCUGGUGAGUUGAUACAGCCGGCAGCUGAAGGAGGAGAGCUGAGAAUGACAGAGACCAACCCCCCCAAGUCGGCUAAGAAGCCCCGUUGGACCUCCCUGGAGGUCGGCCUCAUUACUAUUGUCUCCUUGCUUUUCAUCGUCAUCGUCGCCCUCAUCAUCCUCUUUGCCACACAGAAGACUGAUGAAAUCUGCACCACAGCUGACUGCACGCAGUCAGCAUCUCGCCUAAUUGAAAACAUGGAUGCCAGCGUUGACCCUUGUGACAACUUCUACCAGUAUGCCUGUGGAGGCUGGCUAAAAAAGAACAUCAUCCCUGAGACCAGCUCCAGAUACAGCACCUUUGACAUCUUACGAGACGAACUGGAGGUCAUUCUCAAAGGUGUCCUUGAAAAAACAGUGGAGGGGGAAGCCACUGCGCUCACCAAGGCUAAGACCCUUUACAAAUCCUGUACCAAUGAGAGUUUAAUUGAGCUCAGGGGAGGGACUCCUUUGCUGGACAUGCUUCCUGAUGUGUUUGACUGGCCCAUAGCUGUGGACGACUGGGACAUCAACUAUGGUAAAACGUGGAGGUUGGAGCAUGUCAUCGCCAAGCUGAAUGAGAAAUAUGGAACUCAACUCUUGGUUAACUUUUUUGUCGGCACUGAUGACAGGGACUCCAAUUCACACAUCAUUCAUUUUGACCAGCAGACAAACCUCGGCCUCUUGUCCAGAGAUUACUACGCCUGCACUGGACCCUACGCAGAGGCAUGUCGGGCCUACGAGCAGUUCAUGAUUGACCUGGCUAAGCUGAUCCGCACUGACCGGGGACUGACCAUCAAUGAAACCCGCAUCAGAGAGGAUGUGACACGUGUUAUGGACCUGGAGAGGGACAUCGCCAAUGCUACUGAUACUCCAGAGGAUCGUAACAACCCAGUGUUGCUUUACAACAAGAUGGAACUGGGUGAUCUGAACGCCAACUUCACCCUUGAGGUUGAAUCACAGGUAUUUGACUGGAGUUACUUCACAGCUAAGAUAAUGGAUACAGUCAACAUCAGUGUUCCUGACACAGAAAAGGUCAUUAACUACUCCCCCAACUAUUACAGAAGACUCAACCUCAUCUUGGCCAAAUACAACAAGAGGGAUCUACAGAACUAUAUGGUGUGGCGUUUUGCUAUGAACAUGGUGGUGGGCCUGAGCAGAAAUUACAGGGACACCAGGAAAGCCUUCCGCAAGGCUCUGUCUGGCACUACAUCAGAGGCAGCGGUGUGGCGACAGUGUGCACUCUACGUCAACAACAACAUGGACAAUGCUGUGGGACGACUGUAUGUGCAGGAGGCCUUCUCUGAAAAGAGCAAAGAACUGAUGGAGGAGAUGAUUAAAGACAUUCGGGAAGUGUUCAUAAGUAACCUUGAUGACCUGACUUGGAUGGAUGCGGAGACCAAGAAAGCAGCUGAGGAGAAGGCCCGAGCUAUUCGGGAACGGAUCGGCUAUUCUGACAACAUCAUGGAUGACCAAUACCUUAACAAUGAGUACAAAGAUCUGGCCUACAGUGCAGAGGAGUACUUUGAAAACAUCCUACAGAACCUGGAGUAUGUGCAGAAGAAACGCCUGCGGAAACUCAGAGUCAAAGUCAACAAAGAAGAGUGGGUAACUGGAGCUGCUGUUGUCAACGCCUUCUACUCAUCCAGCAAAAACCAAAUAGUAUUUCCUGCAGGUAUCCUCCAGCCGCCUUUCUUCAGCAAAGGCCAGGCUAAAUCUCUCAACUAUGGUGGCAUCGGCAUGGUAAUCGGUCAUGAGAUCACACAUGGCUUUGAUGACAAUGGUCGUAACUAUGACAAGGAUGGAGACCUGAAAGACUGGUGGACUCCGGACUCCACUCAAAGGUUCCUUGAUCUGUCAAAGUGCAUAGUCAAUCAAUAUGGCAACUUUUCCUGGGACCUGGCCAAUGGACUUCAUUUAAAUGGUAACAACACCCUCGGGGAGAACAUUGCUGACAAUGGAGGGAUACGGCAGGCGUAUCAGGCCUAUAAGAACUAUGUGGCAGAGCAUGGAGAGGAGCCACCACUGCCGGGCAUCUACCUUUCCCACGACCAACUCUUCUUCUUAAACUUUGCUCAGGUGUGGUGUGGAACACACCGACCGGAGCAAGCUGUUAAUUCCAUUAAAGUAGAUGUACACAGUCCAGGGAAAUUCAGGGUACUGGGCUCCCUUCAGAAUUUCCCAGAAUUUGCCAAAGCAUUCAACUGCAACAAGAGCAGUUACAUGGUCCCUGACAACAUCUGCCGUGUGUGGUGAUCCACAGACCUCUGGGAUGGGGACUGUUCUGAAGUGGGUCGUCCCUGUCACCUUGCAGUACCUCUUCCCUCUGACUGUUGGAGCACUUGUGGGGGGCUACAGGGAAGUGGAAACUCCCCUUAGCUCUUUACUGGAUGGACCAGGGCUGGUGGACUGACACUGCAGUAUCCACUUCCUCCGAGGAAAACAGUGGACUGUACCCUUGCGGACAGACGGAGCACUGUCUCCCCAACUCUGAUACUGUAGUUCAUUCAAUCAGCCAGAUUAUUCUGCUAUUCACUGGAUACAAUCACUCCUAGUGUUUUUAUUUUUUCCUCUCAAUUUUCAUCCUGUUUUACUCAUCAGUUGUGAGUCUGCCAAUGUAUGUGUAUGUGUGAGUGCGUGUGUGUUUGUGUGUGAGAGAGAAAGUGUGGUUCAGUCAAAAUACUGUACAAGUUGUUGGCAAGAGAGGGGCAGACAGACAAAUGUGCAAAUCCACUGGCAUAUGAAUAAACCACCCACUCACACUCAUACACAUGUAACAGGGCUGAACCACUGUACUGUAUGUGGGACUGAGCUGUAUGCCUCUCAUAAAACCUCAGCUGGUUUCAGCCUCCAUCUACAGUAUGUACUGAUACACUCUACAAUGUAUUCAUAAUGUACUCUUUGUUAAUACGUAUAAAUUGAUUAGGUAAAUUAUUACAGAAAAUCAGAAUUUAUUUUGCUGAAUAGACCAGUAAGUAUUAAACUGUAAUCACAUAUUACACAAUACUGUUCUAUCUUUAAUAAUAAAGACUUAACUGCAGUUGACAGGCAGCUGCCGCUCAUUAGCAGUAUGUCAAAUAAACCAAAAUAUAUAUAUUUUUUUGCCUUUAAGACGACAGCUGGUCAUGAGUCAUUGAGCUGACAAUCGAGUCACCAGACCCUUUUUAUACAUUCACUGAGCCUCCUGUGUGUUUCUGCGAAGAUGUUUGUCACUAUGUGUUUUCCAGUCUUUUUAAAGGGAAACUUUGACUAUUUUAAACCAGCUCUGUGUCAUCACAGUGUGUGCAGAUGAGUCCAGAGCACUAUGCUGGUCAAAGCUGGUUGAACUUCAGCAAAUUUCCCCUGAUCGCUGCCUACUCUUUGUCAAGCAAAUUAGUAUGCCUUACAUGAUCUGUUGUGCUGCUGUGUCUGAGAGGAUGAUGUGUAUUUGCAGGAGAACAAAGGAUCAGAAAAUGUAUCAUUAAAGCGAUAGCCUGACUUUUUCAAAAAACACUUAAUUACUUUCUUGCGGUGAGUUAGGUGAAAAGAUCGAUACCACUCUCUUGUCUUUAUACAGCCAGCAGCAGGCUAGCAUAGCUUGGCAUAAAGACUGGAAACAGCCAGCCUGGCUCUGUCCAAAGGUUAAAGAAAAAGUGCCCGCAAACAUCUCUAAAGUUCACUAGUAACUUUGUUACUUCUCAUUUGUUUCAUAGGUGCAAGCAGGCAUUCCCCCACCUAAAUUUGUAUAAAUGUUGCCAGCCAAUCAGGAUGUGUCUACCUGAAUACAUGCAGAGCCCACAGUAUAUAAGAAGGCAUUGUGACUACAUCAGACAUCCUACAACCUCUUGAGCAAGUGGCAUAGGAGCAACAGGGCUCCUACAUAGAGGGCUUCACCUGUAUUAAAUGUCAGUGUCAAUGUCAUGUCAAUGCAAGUGUUACAAUACUGUAACCUUCACUCUGUCUCACACAUCUCACAUGUUGGGUACAUUGGGUGGAGCCCAAUAAAUGAACACCCUGCUGCGAUAUAACGUCUGCCUAGCCACACUGAUCCUAACCUGCUAAAGGUUAGUGGGCAAAUUGCCAUUGCCGUAGAGAAAAGGAUGUCUGAUGGCGUCACAUGCCUCCUUAUAUGUGUAUGCAUGCUUGUGAUUGGAGGAGAGUACUGCUCAUAGAGUACAGUAGAUGGCGUGUGAGAUACAAUAACAAGCUGUGUUUCUGCAUGGUGUUAUGUGCCAGACGAUUUCUUGGCUUGGAGCAAUAACUUUGUGGAGUCUCCGCCAGCUGCCUGGUAACCUAAUUAUGACAAGUCUUCAGGACUUGAAGUCUUUUCCCUUUCAUUUUACUGUUGAUUAAACAAACAUAUAACAGAUUAAUUAGUUAGCUUUAAAUGUGCUGGUUGGCAGAUUUUGUCUUUCCUUUGGACAAAGCUUGCCAGCCUGUUACCCCUGUUUCCUGUUUCUGUAUACUAAGCCAAGUUAUAUUCAUAAUUAACACACUGGUAUGAGUGGAACCAAUAUUCUCAACAAACUCCCGGCAAGAAAGUGAAUAAGUGUAUUUCACAAAAUCUCGAUCUAUUUAAGAAAGGUGCAGCGAUUUCUCCAUUUGAUCUCGGUUUCGUCACAUGAAGUGUGCCAUAUUACCCAUCUUUUUUUUUUUCUUUUUUUUAAAAUAACUUUUACACAUUGAAGUCAGUUGACAGACAAUAUAACUGAGCUUUCGAAGGAUUUUUCUAUUUUAGACUGUGAGUCUUUGCUGGAACAUUGCAUGCAUUUAUCUGAAUGCAGGGGGUAUCACGUCAGUGGAUAAAAGUAUAAUUUUCCUGGUUUUGAAUGACUUUAUUUUCUACAAGGUUGUUAAUUGUGGAAAUUUUGCCUUUGCCUAUGCCAAUGAAUGACACGCCAUGAUCAUGGAGACUACUUUUUCAGACAGUUCACAACACCCUCCAUGUCCAGUCCACAUUGCCGUUUCCCUGUACUCUGUUCUUCACAUUGUUUGUGCAAGCUUCCUGUCCCUCUGUCACUGUCGCUCACUCCCUCAGGCUUUCUUUCUCUCUGCCUCUCUCUCACACUCCACCUGUAGAAAGACAGAUAUACCUCAGUUGCCUGUAUUUAGAUACUUUAUUAUAAUGACUGAUAAUCAUCUUGAGGAGCAUUUUUUCUUUCAAAAUAAAUCUUUAAAUAACA